AGCCCCCAGCGGCAACUGGUCGCCCCACGGGAACCAGCCGGAGCGAGCGCGGAAAAACGAAGAGCUGACCGAUGAAGAGAAGGAGAUCAUCAACCAAGUCAUCGCGAGAGCUGAGAAGAUGGAGGAGAUGGAGCAGGAACGGAUCGGGCGCCUCAUGAACCGCUUGGAGGACAUGCGGAAGAACGUGGCAGGGGACGGAGUGAACCGCUGCAUCUUGUGUGGGGAACAGCUGGGUCACCCAGGGUCGCCGUGUGUGGUGUGCGAAGACUGCAGAAAGAACGUCUGCACCAAAUGCGGCAUCCAGACCACCAACAACCGCCCGCAUUCCAUCUGGCUGUGCAAAAUUUGCAUCGAACAGAGAGAGGUGUGGAAGCGCUCCGGCGCCUGGUUCUUCAAGGGCGUCCCGAAGCAAAUGCUCCCUGAACCGAUGCCCAUCAGCAAGGGAAAGCCGCAGCCGGCGCCGAGCCAAGCGGCCCCAUCCGCCCAAGGCCCGAAGCCGUAUUCCCGCCAGCCGAACCGCGGCCCACGGGAGGGGGCCCCCGCUGCUCCACAAGAAUCUUACGGUAAGGAACCUGCUGCUCCUCCUUCCAGCCAGGGCCAUUAUCCACCGCUUCACCGCAAACCUUCCGAGGCCAGGAUGCCACCGAGCGGCGGCGAGGGCGCCAAAAGCCAGGAUUACGCCGCCGAGAGCGAAGUCCACCGAAGCCCUGGAGGCCUCAAGAGAGCCAAUCCUGGCCAGGUUGCCGGGGCCAGGCCAUCUCCCCCAACUUCUAACCAGAGUCCAACCCCCCAGCUGGCUGAACAAGGACCUGCAGGAGGGGGCAGGCAAGGGGUCGGUCCCACUGGUCGCUUCACAGAAAGACAAGGAAGUCUUUCGAUGGCUCCGCCCCAAGCGGAUCCCAACUACUCCACUCUGGGGACAUCCCAGGAUGAGAGGGCUGGAUACUCUUCCCCCAUGGCUGAGAGGCCCAUGCGGCAGGUGGCUCCAUACAGCCAAGCUGCUGCCCCGCCCGCUGCAUCGACACCUGCGCGGCAGCCUCCUCAAGAGGAGGAAGAAGACGAGGCCAACAGCUACGAUUCGGAUGAAGCAACUACCCUGGGCGCAUUGGAGUUCAGCCUCCUGUACGACCAGGAAAACAGCUCUUUGCAAUGUCUCCUCAUCAAGGCCAAGGGCUUGAAGCCAAUGGACUCCAACGGGCUGGCUGAUCCGUACGUGAAGCUCCAUCUUUUGCCAGGGGCCAGUAAGUCAAACAAAUUGAGGACCAAGACUUUGAGAAAUACCCGGAACCCCAUAUGGAAUGAGACCCUGGUUUAUCAUGGCAUCACAGAGGAAGACAUGCAGAGGAAAACACUCAGGAUCUCCGUGUGCGACGAGGACAAAUUUGGUCACAACGAAUUCAUUGGGGAGACGAGGGUGGCUCUGAAGAAAGUGAAGGCCAACCAGAAAAAGAAUUUCAACAUCUGCUUGGAGAGAGUCAUCCCGAUGAAGCGUGGGGGUACGACUGGAUCCUCCCGCGGAAUGGCCUUGUACGAAGAUGAGAUGGGCCAAGUCGGUGACGUGGAGGAACGGGGGAAGAUCCUGGUGUCCCUCAUGUACAGCACCCAGAAAGGGGGGCUCAUUGUCGGCGUCGUGCGUUGCGUCCACUUAGCGGCCAUGGACGCCAACGGCUACUCGGACCCCUUCGUGAAAAUCUGCUUGAAGCCUGACAUGGGCAAGAAAGCGAAGCAGAAGACGCAGAUCAAGAAGAAGACCCUGAACCCGGAGUUUAACGAGGAAUUUUUCUAUGAUAUCAAACACGGCGACCUCGCCAAGAAAUCGCUCGAUAUAUCAGUUUGGGAUUAUGACAUUGGCAAGUCCAACGAUUAUAUUGGUGGGUGCCAGCUGGGCAUCACAGCCAAAGGCGAACGCUUGAAACACUGGUACGAGUGCCUGAAGAACAAGGACAAGAAGAUUGAGCGCUGGCAUGCCUUACAGAAUGAGAACCACGUGCCCAGUGACUAG